CUGCACUCUCAAGGCGGAAGCAGAGUGAAUCACGCACAGGCGCACUCGGGUUGUUUUUCACACAAAAACCGUUUUAAGUGAGGUGGUAGGAAUGAUACCCCCGUCUUUUGUACAGACCAAAAGCCGGGGCACAGCAUCUCCCACUGUCCGGAUCCAGAUGCUCCUGUUUAAUAGCGCACUGGUCGCGCCUGCAGCUUGUGCAGCUUGUGCAGCCAAACCCAAACCCAGGCACUGAGUGAACAGUGGUGGAGAAGAUCACAUUGUUUUUUCCAGAUCUCCAUUUUUGUACAUUUUUAUACUGACACACACACACACACACACACACACACACACACAUAUAUAUAUCUAGAUAUAUAACCAUGGUGCUGGGAAAGGUGAGGAGUUUUACAAUAAGCUAUGACUGUCCUAAUGAGAACAAUAUCCCCGUCUAUGCCAGCGGAGAUUCAGUCUCCGGACGAGUGACUAUCGAAGUUACUGGGGAAAUCAGGGUAAGAUCUCUUGCAAUCCAUGGACGAGGACAGGCGAAAGUGCGCUGGACAGAAUCUCGGAAUGCUGGUUCCAAUACUGCCUACACUCAAAACUACACUGAGGAAGUGGAGUAUUUCAACCACAAAGACCCACUAAUCGGACACGAGAGAGAUGAUGAUGAUUCUGAAGAAGACCUCACCACAAUACCUUCAGGCAGACAUGAAUAUCCAUUCAGCUUUGAGCUUCCACAAAUACCAUUAGCUACCUCCUUUGAAGGCAAAUAUGGCAGUGUGCGCUAUUGGGUAAAAGCUGAACUGCACAGGCCGUGGAUGUUGGUAAUGAAAGUGAAGAAAGAAUUUACAGUCUUUGAACACAUUGACAUUAACACACCAUUGUUGCUGUCACCACAGGCAGGCACAAAAGAGAAAACUCUUUGUUGCUGGUUCUGUUCCUCAGGCCCAAUAUCCCUAAGUGCCAAAAUCGAACGCAAGGGCUACACACCAGGUGAAUCAAUUCACAUAUUUGCAGAAAUUGAGAAUUGUUCUUCCCGCAUGGUUGUGCCAAAGGCAGCCAUUUACCAAACACAGACUUUCUAUGCCAAAGGGAAAAUGAAGGAAGUUAAACACCUUGUAGCCAACUUGAGAGGAGAAUCGCUGUCGUCUGGUAAAUCAGAAAGUUGGAAUGGAAAACUACUGAAAAUUCCGCCAGUGUCGCCGUCGAUUGUAGACUGCACAAUAAUUCACGUGGAGUACUCGCUAACGGUCUAUGUGGACAUCCCAGGGGCAAUGAAUUUAACAUUAAAUUUACCACUAGUCAUUGGAACGAUUCCUUUGCAUCCCUUCGGCAGCCGGACAUCCAGCGUCAGCAGCCAGUGUAGCAUGAAUUUGAACUGGUUGAGUCUUGCACUGCCUGAACAACCUGAAGCUCCGCCCAGCUAUUCAGAAAUUGUGUCCGAUCAGCAACGACGAAAUAAUCUGGCUACAACGGCAGUACGGGAUGAAUUAGAAAGAUUGUUCGAGGGACCACUGUUUGCCUACAUCCAGGAAUUUAGGUACCAGCCUCCACCUGUGUAUUCAGAAAUUGAUCCUAAUCCAGAUCAGUCAAGUCAGAACCGUGAAACAAACGCAACAAAUUGUUCUACCCGCUGAUGGGCUUUGUGUGGCCAUCGAGCCUGUUCUUUCGUGGUUUUUAAAAUGCAUCACGGCACCGUUGAGGGCAGAAGACUCAACGCGAGGCAGAAAGGAAGCUCAAAGUGAUGCUUUGUGACAAUGGACAGACAGAGACAGCCAAUGCUAAUGAAAGCCGGAAUCUGUGGCUUGGAACGCUGCUGUGGAUGCCAGAGGAAAUCGUAACUUUUUCGUGGGGCACCUGCGAGAAGCAGCUGAAGUGUGAACAGCGGCCACAGUUUGGCAUGACUUUUAACACCAUUUUCCUGGGGUCUCAACCUUAACUGAAAUUUGCACAUAUUAUUCAGUGCUUGUGUUGCGCUUCAUAUUCCAUUCAGUCUUGAUGAUGGCUGUUUUUUUAUUUUCAUUUGUGGUGACUGCAGACAUCAAGUUAGUGAUUUUUGCCUGGGGUCUGCACAGUUCGAAGAUCAAGUCCGCAGUGUACCAACCUGAUGGAAUGCACUGAUGUUAUGUAGCCUGGACCGACCGUACCUGCUUUGCACGUGCUCAGUAUUGUCUUCUCAGGCUGGCCUUGCAACACCAACCUAACUGUGGCUUCUUUACAAACAUCAAAUGCCUUCAAGCCAAUAUGUGUUGCUACUUGUUCUUUUGCAACCUAAUGUAGUAGAAUAGCAACAGAUCAAAAACUUGGAAUAAGACUGCAAAGAAAUUCUCUAUUAAUUUCCCUUCCUCGGGAGAGCUGUCUUUUGUUUUACUAUUUGUUGCAUUGCUACUAUACACAGUAUCUUUGUGUUUCAGACUGCCUAAAACACACAAAUCUCAGGUGAAUUUGUCACUUGCCAAAUUGUUGGUAUUCUUUUGUGUUUUGAUUAAAUUGCACUGUUUCAAAAUGAGGGACGAUUGCAAAAUAUGGUUGGACUUUGAAUUCCUAUUUUCCACCAUAGCCGCUGCCAUAUUUGACCGUAAUUACAUCCCUUCUAUUUUGUUACCCUCGUCCCGACGUUUCAGGUCAAGAAUUAGUUAACCUGUUAACACGCACAAAAUAAAAUUGGCGUCUUGUCUGAAGGACUUCAUUUCGUACUGGGCGCUAACUAUUCACCAAGGUCAAAUGGGCAUUUCUGUUGUGAACGCAAGUCCUCCUCACAGUUAAAUCAGUUGCAGGAGCGAAUGUCUUAUUCCACAAGUGGCCUUUUUGUAAAAAAAAAAGUUUAAGUAUGUUAUUCUGUUUUGCCAAACUUAGGUGUAGCACCCACAUGGAGUAGUUUGGUGGAAGGAUUUGACUGUUAAUUAGUUACAUUUUCUUAAUCAUUUUUUUUUCCCAGAGAGGGCAUUGAGGUUCACGGUAUUUUGCGAGUGUCCCUGGUGUAUGAAUUGUUUUGUGGGGUAUUUGGCAUUAUAGGGCAUUUGAUGUUUCUAUUUGGGUAACCCUUAUUUCUUUCUUUCCAAACUAGGGAUCAACAAAUUGCUUAAGCAGGUAUAAAACCUGAUUUCCAUAGAAUAAGUAAAAAAAAAUUACAAAAACGAAUGGGAUCGAUCAAAAUUAUUCCACACCCUUUGCAGACCAAACAUGGCCAUUGGUGAUCAUGCUCGGUUAUUUUCAUUUCGGAUCAUGAGUGCACAUAUUUGAAUAUAUGCUGAAUCUGAAUUUAAUUGUGAGUUUUAAAUAUAACUAUAUAUUUCUUCAAUAUUGGUCGAUCCCCAACUUAAAAGACAAAGGACUGCGGUCCAGUAUUCAAUCCAGUUUCCUGAUUUUUUUGUUAAAAAUUGGGAAUAAAUUUAAAAAUCCAAUAUGUUCUAGAAACCAAGUGCAAUAUUUAACAAUUUUUGUAAGAUUUUUUCCUUGACCGUGUACUGACUUUUUUUUUUAGUUUGGUGCUGUAAUUUUGUAGAUUUUGUUAAGGAAACAAAGAUCCAUGUUCUGUAUGGUUUCAUUUUUGUUUAGCUGUUCGUGUAAAAUUAAAAUGUUUUGCUAUUGAA